GCGUAUCGGAGAGAGGGAGGGAUGCCGUUGGUUACAGUAAAGGAGGGGGUGGGAGGGAUAUUAAAAAUUGUCAUUAUUUUUUAAAGGAAGGAAGGUGGAAGCUCUAGUGCGGUGCGAGAAAAACAUCUCUGCAUGCCAGAAAUGGAAAGCUGAAGCUGAGAUAUCAAUGACACUUUGUGGAGCAAUGAAGGAAACCUAAGAGUUGGCUUUUGUGGUGUGCUUCAGAGCUGUCCAAAGCAGCAUACAAAAUCAUUUGUCAGCUAAUUUUUUUAAAGUGUCUUGUUUAUUCAUCAGUAACUGUGGACUGUUAUUGUUCAUGGAGCAGACUCUGACUAAUUACACGCCAGCCAACAGCUGAUUCUUCCCCAGAAGGAAGCAUUGCCUAAUAAAGAUCAUAGAUGCCAAACACGACAGACACAAAGUACUAAAGAUGAGCAGCUCAAUCGUCAACUGUCUGAUGCUCUCAAUAUAGCCAGUGAUGUUCCAAUUUGGGGUUGGAUUCUGUUCUUCCCACCUGCAAGUCAAUCUCUGUUCCUUUAGUAGAUAUAUGGUGAGGUGUCGAUACGUAGUAUGAGUCUUCAUGCCCUCAGGAGUAAAACACUGGCUUUCCUAUUGCUGUAAUCAAUCAGUUUCCGUAAAGUGUUCGUUGGUAUUCAUCAAGAGACAUAGAGACUGUGUAGUUUAAUUUUGCAGAAACGGUAAACAUAUUAUGACUACAGAAGCAGCAUUAUUGAAUCUUUAAAGGCAUGCCAAGACUAAAAUCACAUGUGCGAAGACAAAGGCUGGAUGGAUAGCAUGAUUGCUGUUAUGGUGGCAUUGGGCCAAGAGAGUGGAGUUACCUAAGACAGAGCUGGAAAAGAUGUGGAGUAGAAAGAAAUCAUGGAAAGGAAAUUGGAAGACAUUAUUCAGUACUGGAAGACAUUAUGCAGUAGCUUCCUACCUUCCCCACCACUUUGCUACAGAAAAAACUGUUAGGGCUUCUGGGCAGAGAGAGACCUUAGUGGAAGAAAUAAAAAGGAAAACAGUGCAACAGGAGAUUCAGGGCAGCUUGGCACAGGUGACUGGAGAAUAAUGGAGAAGAAAGUGAAUAGAAUCUUGCCUGUUUCUGAUACAGACACAACUUAUUUUCUGCAAAUAACUUGGGAAAAAGACAUCGGUGCUGGUUUUGAUGUUAUGCUCAGUGAUAGCCAGUCGGCUUGGGCUGGGAGAGUCCCUGAGGAAGAAAUUUCCAGGGAAGCUGCUGAUAUGGAAAUGGAGCGAGAGAAAUAUGUCAAAGAACUAAGAAAAGUGUUGUUAUUCGAAGAAAGACUGGCAGACAAAUACAAUUUUGAUAUUUCUAAAGAAGGAGUAAAUGGAGAGUGCCUUCAUUUCUCCUAUGAAAAGAAUUUGAAAGAUGUUGCUUUUAGACUUGGAUUGUUGAAGCUGCAAAAAGUCUCCAGCCCAGCUGAAGUCAUUAAAGAGCUUAUUAGCUAUUGCCUAGACUCUGUAGCGCAACUGCAGGCCAAAAAUGAGCACCUGCAAAAAGAGAAUGAAAGACUUCUAAGUGAUCUGGAUGAUAUACAGGGGAAGUUACAAAAAUGUGUUGACGCUAAAGAACAACUAGAGGAUGAGCUUUAUUCACGAUUUAUUUUGGUCCUUAAUGAAAAGAAGGCAAAAAUAAGAAGCUUACAGAAAACCUUAAGAGAAGCUGAAGAAACUGUAACAGAAACAACACAAACAAGGGACACUGUGACUACAUCUGAGAGUAAACUUGAAAGAGAAGAUUAUGAAGAAAGCACUGAUGAGGAAAGCAACAAUUCAUCACAGCCUUCCAAGCCAGUGCUAGCUAAACCCAGAAGAGACUCGCUACUUAAUAGUCCAGAUAUUAUUGAUGUUGCACCAAGUAGAAAAAGAAGACAGCGGACACGAAAAGCUGUGGGUACAGAACCAAAAGUGGCAUUGUAUGAGACCAAAAUUCCAGAAAAAGAAAAACUUGAUCCUGCUCCUCCAAAAUUGUCAGACAAGCACUUGUCAUCAAAAGGAAUGCCUUUGGAAACAGAAAAAAACCUUGGUGAUCCAGAAGACCUCUUUGAUGAUAUCUAAUCUAACCAAACUAGAACUCUUCAAAGUCUCACUACAAAUUGUUAAACUCUAAUUAUCUGUCUAAAAACAUUUACAAAGGGUAGAUUAUAUGUACUUUAGGAUGACAUAUAACUAUGUUUUAUCUAUUUCUAAUAAAGUUUUUGCAUGAGA